UUUGUUAGUUGAAUGGGAUUGGUUUUCGAUUGGUCCGAAUCCCCAGAAACAACAGUCAUUCUCUGUUUUCAUAUGAACACUCAUCGUACGCAAAAGCAGGAAGAAGAAGAAGCAAGACACGAAUGGGAUCUUUCUCUCUCCACCGUCGUCUCUUCUUCCUCCUCUUCUGCCUCCGACGUUGUCGGAGCUAUAGAGUUUGAUCCGACUGAUAACAUCCUCGCUACCGCCGGAAUCUCUAGAAAGAUUCGUUUUUACGGGCUCACUUCUCUCUUACGGACCACCGCCGGAGUCUGCGGAGGAGCAGGAGGAGGAGUUAACUUCGUCGAUCAAACCAACGCCUGUGAAUAUUACAUAUGCACUCCGGCGAAGCUUAGUAGUCUCCGGUGGAAACCCGGGUCGUGCGGUCGGGUCAUCGGGUCGGGUGAUUACGACGGCGUUGUGACGGAGUACGAUCUCGAGAAGAGGACGCCGGUAUUCGAGCGGGACGAGCACGGAGGCCGCCGCGUCUGGAGCGUGGAUUACACUCGUCACGGUGGCGCCGCCGCCGUGGGAGCGUCGGGAUCAGACGACGGAACUAUGCAGGUGUGGGAUCCGAGGUGUCCGCCGGAGGAAUCUAUCGGCGUUGUCCGGCCGGCGGGACUUUGCCGGAGUGCCGUUUGCUGCGUCGAGUUUGAUCCCACCGGUGGUCACGCGGUGGCUGUCGGAUGCGCUGAUCGGAGAGGUUACGUGUACGAUAUGAGGAAACUCGUUGACCCGGCGUUGACUUUACAAGGUCAUACCAAAACGGUGUCGUACGUGAGGUUUCUCGACGGUGGUACGGUGGUGACGGCGGGUACGGACGGAUGUCUGAAGCUGUGGAGCGUGGAGGACGGGCGCGUGAUUCGCACUUACGAGGGGCAUGUGAAUAACCGGAACUUCGUGGGGUUGUCUGUGUGGAGAAACGGCGCGCUGUUUGGUUGCGGAUCGGAGAACAACAGGGUGUUCGUGUACGAUAGGAGGUGGAGGAAGCCGGUUUGGGUAGACGGGUUUGAACCGGUUGGUUUGACUUCUGCUUCGGAUAAGCGGUUCGUGAGUAGCGUUUGCUGGAGGCAAUCCGGUGUGGACCAGUGUACGCUAGUGGCUGGGGGAUCUGAUGGAGUGUUGCAGGUUUACGUGGGCAAAAGAAAGCCAUAGUAUUAUUAUUCUUGUUUAAUUUAUCAUUACUAUCUUUUUUUUAAUGAAUUUAUGAUGCUUCUUCAUGAGAUUGAUUUUUGCUGCAGUUGUGAGAGCGUUCGACCUGUCUUGUUUUUAAUUAUAAAGGAUUUUUACUUUCUUCUAUGUUUUAAAUGUAAUAUCUA